AUGCAAACAAUCUCCCAUAAUUCUUUAAUGGAAGAUGCCAUGAGCGGACCCAAACUCCGAAUAGCGUUACCUGAACGUGGGGAGAUUUUCUCAGGAUCCAACGUAUGGAGUCCGGAAACAGGAAGUGGGCUCCGAGGUACAUCUGGCAGUAAUGAAGUGUUUAGAUUUAACGAUGGCAGUAAUCGGAGUUCUAUAGAGAAAGGUAAUAAUAAUAAUAAUAAUAAUAAUAAUAAUAAUAAUAAUAAUAAUAAUAAUGGUAGUGGAAGUGGUAGUGGCAGUUGUAGUGGAAAUACAACACCUUCAGUGAGUAGUCCAAGCAUAGGAGGCGGACCUGCUGUAAUGACUCCUACUUCAAUGAGAGUGUUAUCUCAAUCGGGAGACAGUGAUAAAAAGAAGAUGGUGGAACAGUUUUAUAUGAACAAACCACGGCGAUCGUCACGUACUGGAGUGGAUAGUUAUUUUGGUGAUGUGGACAAAUUGCAAGGCUUAAUGGAUCCUUUCCUACUUCAAGAUGAAACCACCGUUAAAGAUGAGGAAGUAUCUGGUUUAGGACUUGGAGCUGGAGCUGGAGGAGAGAAGAGUAGUAGUGGCUUCAAGCUUUCAACUGGUACGAACAGCGGGCCUGUUACAAACGGUGGAGGUAAUGCGAACGGAACAGAUAUUUUGAACGGGGUUCGGAAUGGGAACAUCACCUAUGAUCUGUUUGCCAUCAAUGAGCUUCGUAGUGAGGAGCUAAUCUCAUGUUUACUUAACUUGGAUAAUAUUGUUAUGGAAGAGAUGGGUAAGAAGGGGGGGGAUGAUCCUGAUACUCUUGGAGGAUCUGAUAAUAAUUAUUCCUCAUCGUUUGCUGCCACGAGUCAGAUUUUGGAAUCGGUGGUCUUGGAUUUACAUGGCAGUAAAGCGUUCAAAGGCAGUCUGUUGAUCCAGUUUGAAACUUUGGAUCAGAUUGAACGGUACUUACAAAGAUUGAACGGUAACUUGGAACAAGCAGAACUGUUGUUGAAACAUUCAAGCGAGAAUGUUUCUGGUAAAUUUCAAAAAGAGUUAGUCCUUUCAAUGAGUAAGCUCAAUGAGUUACGAGAUAUGUUAAGUUCUAUGGAUGUAAAGUUAUCUGAUGCCAGAGAAGAGGUCAAUGAGCAAAAGCAUCUUUUGUUCGAUGAACUCGGUGAACGUUUAGAAGUAUUAGAUUACAUUGGGAGUAGGUUUAAAGCACAAGCAAGAGUCACUAGAGAAUGGCGAGUUCGGCAAAUGUAUAUUUCAUUGACAACUUUAAUAUUGGUCUUGGCAAUUGGAGUAUACUACGUACAAAAGUGGAAGCAGACUUAG